AUGCGGUCACCACCUUCAAAACCCUUGCCUAAGAAAGGGGACUUGAACAAAAUUUCUUUUAAGUGCUCGACUUCUAAACAAGCUAGGAAAACGGUUUCUCCGAAGAAUGUUAAAAAACUAGUUAGCAAAAAUUUGAUAAAGAGUAGUAAAAAAAAUUCUUCUAAAGAUGACUCUACAAACUGUAAUAAAGAAGAUCAAAACUCGUCUAUCAAGAAACAUGAAACAACGCCUGACUCUACAAAGCCCGGGCCCUCUAAAGCAUCGACUUCUCGAAGUAAUUCACCAACAAAAAAGCCGAAACCCAAGAAAGAUGAAAAAGAGAAAAAAAACACGGUUAAAAAUAGUCCAGAAAAUAAUGUGAAAAAGACUACUCCGAAAAAAACAUUAAAAACGAGCAAAAAAGUAAAGCCUGGUAAAUCGACCCUGAAAGCUAGUAAAGAUAAUAAUGAUGUAAAGUACAAAAUGAAUAAUGAUGUAGAUAAAAAAACCACACAUACAUUCUCUAAAGCUAAAACUAUAGUAAAGAAAGGGAACAUCGUAAAUAAUGAAAAAAAGAAAAGUGAGGUCCUACCUAAAGAAAACAAAGAACUAAAAGAAGUUAAGGUUCAAAGUAGCAAAGACCAUUCUAGUAAUAACGAACGAAAGAAGUCAAUUGAAGAAGAAGAAAGCGGAGGCCCGACUACCAAAACUAUUACAGUCAGUGAUGAAAAAACUGAAAGCAAUAUUGUUUCUGAAAUAAACUUUGCUACUAGUACUACACAAUCAACCUCGUCUGCUCAAGUGGAGACACCUAAAGCUGAAACAGAAAGACCUCCUAAGUUUUUUACAUCUAGUCGAUCUCCACGUAUGGUAGAUAUUGAUGUCAAAUGUUGCAAAAACUCGAAGGGCAAUUUAAGUGUAUCAGAGAGGUUUGUUUCAAUGAAAUAUGAGCCCAAAACUGAAGAAUUAAAUAAAGAUAAAAAUGCAUCAAACACUUUCGUUUCUCAAGAUCCUGAAAUAGAUGUGUAUACAUUUACGGAAAAAGUCGAUUCACCGAAAAGUAUCCUAUCUGAUUUCCGUAGUCCUAUAAAUAAAAACGUUGGCAGAGUUCGACCUAUAGCUAGAGUUAAAGGAACAGUUAUUGACAAAAAGACAGAAUCAGAGAAGAAAAAGUACUCACCACAUAGACCUAUUGAAGAAGUUGUAAAACAAUUAAAAGCUAACAAACGUUCGGAAGAAAUAACCGUUAAUGAAAAUGAAAAUGUAUGUGCAACUAGGGGAGAGUCGAAUGUAGCAAUAACAGAAAUAGACGAAGAUAAACCUAAGCCGAUCGUAAGUAAAUCUUACAAAAUGGUAGCUCGAAAAUCAAGUAUAACUGGUAAACCUUUCAGUCCCCAAUUUCUUGACCAAGAACAGCCUUCACCAAGCAAAGCUGAUAAAAUAGAUAAACCUACUAAGUCAAGCCCUGUUACUAAAAAGUCACCAAAUAAACCUAAAAAGCAAGGUAAGAAAGGUAGUUUAUCAGAUCAUGAAAUCGACAACUCUAAAUUUGCACUCAACACUAAGAGCUUCCACUACACCUCAUCUGAAGAAAGUGUUAGUGAAUCUAAUGAUGAUAAUGACACGAAUGAGUCUUCCGAAUCUGAUACGCCAAAAUCGAAAAAAACUAAAAGUAAAAAAUACAAAAGAAUUACAGAUGGUGGUAAGAAAGCUUCAUCAAAGGAACUUAAAGAAUUAUCAAAAGACUCUCUAAUCGAUCUUAAAGACAGUUCUUUGUUGGGUAACGAAAAACCGAGUAAAAGACGACUUAAACUUUUAUCUAUGUGGACUGGACCUAAGAAGCACAGAAUGGCAUCUUUGAAUGCCAUUGCAAAAGUGCAUUGCUUGUAUGAAAAUGAAAGUCGGACCCACAUGGAAUUAGGGCUAAUGAAAACCGUGGACAGGCAAGUUAUGCCUGGUACAUCUAAAGUGUCUCCAACUAAGAAGAAAGAAUGUAAAGCUAAGGACAGCGAAAAACGGGAAAGUACGUCAGAAUCAGAGUACGAAUCCAAAAAAGAGAAAAAAGAUGAAAGUUCAGAAAGUUCUGACGAUAAUCCCCCUCAGAGAACUUUACGUGGCGUUCCAGGGAUAAGAAGCGCUGGUAAGUACUGGGACCCGAAAUCAUCUACAUCAUCUAGUGAGGAUAGUGAAAUGGAGACAAAGAAAAAAACCAAUGAGAAAAAGAAAGUUGCACCUAAAGCUCCCAUAAAUAAAUCUCCCAUAAAUUCAGAGAAGCCUCCAGCUAAAAUGAAAAAGACUGCCGGUGUGCCCGUUAAGAAAAAACGUAACAGAACUGAAGUAGUAAUGGACUUAAAGGACAUGGUCGUACAAAAACGAAUGGCAAGCCUUAAUGCUACCGCUAUUCUUGCAGCUAGUUAUGAAAAACGUUCGCCGAAAUCUAAUAAAGAUGAAACUACAACUGAUUCCGGUAGCGACGAUUCGUUUUCUCAGAAGCCAAAAAACGGGCAAGGUUCCGGCUUUAAGUCGGAAUUAAAAAACGAAUGCGAACCAAAACAAGAAAUUGAUGACACAAUAACCGACAGAAAAAAACUGGGGGUUAUUGUGAACAAGGACACAGAUGUGACCAUCACAGGCCUAUACUCUACUCAUCAUCAUGAGGGAUUUUGCACUGUGUCCGGACUGCAAUACCGCAUAUCAUCAACAAGCCACACGCAAACAACAGCAACUGCUAAUUGUGAACAGGAGGGAUGUUCUCGAGAUGAUGGAGCGCGCUACACUCCACUCUCCGCUCUGUCAUCUAUGCAGCCACCCGCCGAUCAUCCUCAUUCACAUCCUCAACCAGUUCCGGAGCUGGGAGGAUUGUCACGCCGCCCUGGCUGUUCCAGCGCUUUCUCUGCGCCGACUGCUUCUCAUCACGAACCAGGUUAG